AUGUCUUUGGAAAGAGCAGUACGAGCAAAAAUCGCAAGCAAAAGAAAUCCGGAACAAGAUAGGGAAGCACAAGAAUGGAUUGAACAAGUACUCGGUGAAAAAUUUCCUCCCGGCGUCCUAUACGAAGAUCACAUCAAAGACGGACAGGUUUUGUGUAAAUUGAUUAACAAAUUACAACCUGGUAGCGUACCUAAAAUCAAUUCGACCGGCGGACAAUUCAAAAUGAUGGAAAAUAUAAACAAUUUUCAAAAAGCCAUCAAAGCCUACGGCGUACCCGAUCUUGACGUAUUCCAAACCGUGGAUUUGUGGGAGAAAAAAGACAUCGCACAAGUCACUUGUACUCUUUUUGCACUUGGCAGAGCCACGUACAAACAUCCGGAAUGGUCCGGACCUUACUUGGGACCCAAACCCUCGGAAGAAAAUAAAAGAGAAUUUACCGAAGAACAACUCAGAGCUGGAGAAACAAUCAUCGGACUCCAGGCUGGACAAAAUAAGGGAGCAACACAAGCCGGACAAAAUAUCGGUGCCGGAAGAAAAAUCCUUCUCGGAAAGUAA